UCCGCUGUGCUAUCUUAUACCUUGUAUUGAAAGGUCGGUUCUUGUUCUGGUCUGCACCUAUACGGUAUGCAACACAUCCCUAUCUGAACAGACAUGACAUGUGCAUCCCCUGGUGAACAGGAGAAGAGGAAGGACGGAGGAGAAGAGGAAGGACGAAGGAGAGGAGGAGGAGGAGAAGAGGAAGGACGAAGGAGUGGAGGAGGACGAGGAGGAGGAGGAGGAGGGGACGAAGGAGAGGACGAGGAGGAGAAGAGGAAGGACGAAGGGGAAGAGGAGGAGAAGAUGAAGGACGGAGGAGAGGAGGAGAAGAGGACGGACGCAGGACAGGAGGAGGAGGAGAAGGAGAGGAAGGACAGAGGAGAGGAAGGACGGAGGAGAGGAAGGACGGAGGAGGAGGAGAAGAGGAAGGACGAAGGAGAAGAGGAGGAGAAGAGGAAGGACGAAGGAGAAGAGGAGGAAAAGAGGAAGGACGAAGGAGAGGAGGAGGAGGAGCUGGAGGAGAGGAGCAGAAGCAGAAGAAGCAGAAGCAAAGGAGGAGGAGAGGAGGAGGAAGAGCAGCAGAAGUAGGAGAAGCAGAAGCGGAAGCAGAAGCAGCAGAAGCAGCAGAAGCAGAAGCAGCAGAAGCAGAUUAUACAUGCCCAGUUGGGCAAUGUAUGUACAGCCAAGGAUCCGCAAUUGUGAUAAAAAGGACUGAAUGGA